GCACAUCAGCGCAUGACGUCACGGAUUGGCUUAGUGGAAAAUGGCCGCCAUGGCCCCGAGUCCAGGAGGAGGAGCUGGUGAACACGGUGUGCUGGCGUUAAUACUGUGCCUGUUAGUCCUCCACAAAGAAGCUUGGGGUCUGUUGUGUUAUUGUGAAGAUCUGUGUCCAGACCAUAAUACUUUCAACGGCACAUGUGAAGCCAAGCCCAACUCUUUCUGCUUCAGUGCUGUAGAGCUCAUCUAUGAUGUGGAGACGAAGAAGUGGAACAAUCAUCGCUCCUUUGGGUGUCUUGGCCAGGAUGAACUUGGUCUUAUGCAGUGCCGGGCCUACUUGACGGAACACUAUCGUCCCAAGAACAUUUCAUGCUGCAAUGAGUAUGACAGAUGCAACGAGGGUCUCUUGCCAGUCAUCUAUCCUCAAACACCUACACCUUCACCUACACCAGCAACAAAUUUUCCAGAGAGCCUUCUUUUAGUCACUUUGCCUUUGGCUUUUGUUGCUGUGCUGGCAGCAAUUAUGACUGUUUGGUUCAGAUAUCGACAGCGGGAAGCCAACACACUGGUAUAUAACAAGUGUUCAGGACUUGUCAUAAGAGCCAAUGACACUCUCAGUGAUCUUAUUGAGCAGUCAUCUGGGUCAGGGUCUGGCCUUCCUCUUCUGGUUCAACGCACCAUAGCCAAGCAGAUUCAGCUGGAGAGAAGUGUCGGGAAGGGUCGUUAUGGUGAAGUGUGGCUGGGGCGGUGGAGAGGAGAGAAGGUUGCUGUUAAAGUUUUCUUCACAACUGAUGAAGCUUCUUGGUUUAGAGAAACUGAAAUUUAUCAAACAGUUUUACUAAGACAUGAGAAUAUCUUAGGUUUCAUUGCAGCUGACAUUAAGGGAACGGGGUCUUUAACUCAGAUGCUACUCAUUACGGACUACCACCAUAAUGGCUCUCUGCACGAUCACCUCCAAAAUAAUACCCUUAACUAUUUUAGCAUGAUCCGCCUCUCCUUGUCCAUGUCUUGUGGCAUAUCUCACUUACACACAGAAAUUUUUGGAACUAAAGGAAAGCCCGCCAUAGCUCACCGAGACAUAAAGAGUAAAAAUAUUCUAGUCAAGAGAAAUGGCGAGUGUUGUAUUGCCGACUUUGGCCUGGCAGUCAAGUAUGUCAGUGAAAACAAUGAACUGGACUUUGGCACAAACCCCAAAGUUGGAACCCGACGAUACAUGGCUCCAGAGGUGCUUAAUGAAACAAUAAACAUGAGCUGCUUUGAGUCUCUCAAAAUGGCAGACAUGUACUCCUUUGGGCUAGUCCUCUGGGAAAUUGCUAGAAGAUGUGCAAGUGAGAGUGGGGAUGGGUAUCUUGUGGCUGAUAGCUACCAGCUGCCUUACUUCAACUGUGUGCCACCAGACCCAUCCUUUGAUGACAUGCAUGAUGUAGUGUGUGUUAAGGGUAUCAGACCAGAAAUAUAUCUCCGAUGGCAUUGUAAUGAGGUAUUGAAAACAGCGAGCAAAGUGAUUCAGGAAUGCUGGCAUGCCAAUCCUGCUGCUCGUCUAACAGCGUUAAGAGUGAAAAAGACACUUUAUAAACUUCAAGUUACUGAUGGCACCAAGAUUAUUUAGUGCAAAUGAUAAGAAAUUAUCUAUGAGUUAUUGGGUUUGUUAUUCAAACCCAGCUGAAGAUUUAUAAGCCUUUUAUAAUAAAAAGUUUUUUAUAUUGAGUAAAUGUUUACAUAAAAUCUUGUAUAGUCAUUUUUAAGCUUUUUAAAGUGGAAGCAGGUGAAGUGUGUGGUGUGGCAGCAGACACUAACUGCUGGUACUGUAUUAUUAUACUGUACAAGACUUCCUCUAGUGUCUCCACAACUGGAUUGAAAAUAACAAGUGCCUGGUGUGUAGUGCGCGUGGAGUAACCAAGUGUGAGUGUUACAUUGGAGUGAACCUAACAAAGCUAAGUGUAAUAGAAUACAUCCGUAGAAUAUAGAAAUUUUAACUGUCUAAAAAAGCUGUGGAAGUUUUCCUGUUUGAGUGAUAGUGUAAAUCCACUGUGAAGAUCUUAUUCCUGGUUAAUAGUGUAAAUCCACAAGACGGUAUUGCUGUUACCACCACCACCAACACAGCGUCACUGUGACUGAAAAGAGCUUUACCACCAGCUCCUCUGCUACUGUAUACAGGGUGUCACACAAAAUGUGGAGAUUGUGUCAAUAUUGUAAUUACAACAGCAACACUGUCCUCACUUGUGGGGUAACUCGCUCAUCAACAAGUGAGGACAAUAUUGUUGUCGUAAUAUGAGCCUUCAUGUGAUCUCCACAAAAACUGUUACGGCAGUGUGUAUAUAUUAACACCUGUGACAGCUCUCACUCACUAACAACAGAUAUUUGAAUUGAGGAAGAGUGGUAACCUCCUCUAAGCUUUUGUCACAAGGUAGGUUAAUUGUGUAACUGCAGUUUUCAAUAGAUUUUCUCUUGAAGCUUAGUUUCUAGUCAGUCUAGACAUGAAUAUGUAAUAGUCAUAUUGAUGUCCAUUAGUAGUCCUUUUAACACCACAUAUUUUGUUUAAACUACUGGUUCAGUUUUUUGGAAACUUAAAGAAAUGAUACUGAAAACUUUUAAACAUCUUUGUGUCUGAACCUAUUGGGCAAUUUUUUUUAAAUUUGUUAGACUGACCAUGGAUGGUCCUCUUUCAAAGGUCUUGUACACUACCCCAGAUAAGUUAUGACCUCACAUUCUUCUUGUUGAAGAAUCUGUACUUUAAGAGUUUUACUCCCAAGUUCAAACUACAGUACGUAAUUAAAUUUAAAAAAAAUUAUCCGGAACUAAAGAAAUGUGUUGAUAAUAGUACCAUAAUACAGGUAAUUGUUCAUAUUAAUAGAUGAAUACUGGAUGUAAUGGUGUUUUGUGGUCUAGGGUGGUAGGCUACACACACACACACACACACACAGCCUCAGGUGGUAGGUCACACUCACAGGGCUCAGAAGAGGUGUGUCAGUUCUUCACUUCAGAAUGUUAGGUGAGUUAAUAAUCAGGUGGAAAUAUUAACAAAUCUCGCACAAACAUACGCCAUUAAUACGAAAAUAACUACUGUACACUUUGUUCACAAUGGGUUAUAGGCAGCAGGCUCAGUCGUAUAGAACAUAUUUUUGCAGAUUACCCGAGUAGUGUGGGGUGACAGCAAUAUUGUCCCGUGGAUACCAUGGAAUAAUUGGCAGUAAGUAGGAGAAGCAUAGAUUAGGCCUUACAGGGGACAGGAGAUGGAGGCCUGAUAUGCUGUAAAGCUCCUAAUGAUGAUGUGCCUUUUGAAUGUUAAGUCACACAAAUUACUUGUUAAGUGAGCACAUGGUUUAUUUUGGCAGUACGUUCACUAAUUUUGUAAUUGUUCCUGUUGCUUUUAAUGAUUAAGGAGAUCAUUGUUAAAAAUUUAAAUGAUUUAAGCUUCUGUAUACUUAGUACACUCACUUGUUCUGUCAGCCAAAUAAUUUCUUUCCCCAUUAUUCUUUAAGAGUAUAUUAUAGUAUAGUAAAGUAAGGUUAUUACAAAGGCAUCCUACUUGGAUUUUGAAAAUACAGUAUUUCAAAAAAAUUUGAGUUGGCAGUAGAUGCUGUGUUAUUUAAUUGAGGCUUGUUAUGUAAAAAACGCAAGCUGUAAUUAUUAUACUGUAGGUACUUCCCCACAGCUUAUGUUCCACGUUUAUUAAAAUAUAAUUUUGUCCUGUACGUAAAAGCUUUAUAAGUUUUAGCUUAUUAAUAAGUGAAAUUUUGCAGACAGAAAAUGGUAAUGUUUUAAUUGUUAAAAGAGUAAUUGUAUAGAUUUUUAUUGUCUUUUAUUAUUUUUUUUCACUAAUAGGCAAGGCAGAGUUCUCAAUUAUUUUUUUUAUUUUUUACUUGCAUAAUUGUAAAUUGUGUGAGACACUUGUGCAUGUGUAGAUACACACAUGCAUACAUUUGCUUUAUAGUUACCUACUUUUAUACAUACAAGCAUUAUAUACAUACAUACAAGCAUACAUACAUAGUGUAUAAAUAUGUUGAUAAUAAAGAGUUAUAGUAAUAGAGUAAUGUAAUGCUGAAGCAUAUCAUGUUCAUCAUCAUAGUCAUACUCAUCAUUCAUAGAAGUGUGUUGAACAGAUGCUCUACUAUUUUUUACCAUUUAAUUUGACAUUUGCUCCUCACUGUUAAUGAUUUUUGGUAAUGGUAUCAUUCAGUGAUCUUCUUUCAUAGUUAAACAUUGCUUCAUACUACUACAGGGUGUUGCAUGUAGAUGGAACCAAACAGGGUAGUGUUAGGUAAGGAAAUAACUGAAUUAAUUUAUUGUUUUGAAAAUUAUCUUAACACUAACCCUAGUCAACUCUUUUCUGUAACACUGUAUGAAUAAAUAAUUUAUUUUAUCCCUAAUCCUAACUAACCCCUUGACUGUACCCUGUUUGGUUCCAUCUAUACACAAUGCUCUAUACAGUCAUAUUAGUGUACCUUAUACCAUGUUGUAUGGUACAUUUCCGUGAGGUAUGUUUGUGGCCUUUGGGUGGGGGGGUGGGAGGGGCACCUAUAGUCAACCACAUGAAGGUUUGUUCAUUGUUAGUGAGUUUAUUAGUGUUUGUGUGCCAUAAGCCUUUUAAUUUGCCAAACUAUUUGUCUGUGAUGAAAUUGGCAUUUUGCAAUUGACGCUCUUAUAUUUCUGUUGAGAAUUUGAUAAUGUCGACUUUUGUAAUUGAAGAUAUUUUUUUUAUAUACAGUAUAUACAUACAUAGAAUGUUUAGAUGUUAAGUUUUUCAAUAUCUUAGGUUUUUUAUGGUAUUUUCAGAAUUUAUUGUACAUACAAAACAAUUCUGCAGAAAUUACAACCAGAUGCGGUAAACCCCUUGUUUGUAGGUUUUGUGAUGUGUUAAUGAGAGAGGAUAUUAGAUUUACUGCCUCACCUGUAAGAUAACGUGGCUCCAGAUUAUUGAGAUUAAUAUAUUUUUUACAUAGAAUGAAAUAUUGUACAGAUAAUUAGAAUGAAAUAUAGAUAAUUAGAAUGAAUUACAGAUAAUUUGAAUAAAGUACAGACAAUUUAACCCUUUCAGAACAGUGGCUUAAACCAUUGUCCUCAGGGAGUGACUUGUUGUCAUUGUCAAGUUAUAGAUCUAUCAUUGUCAUACAGUUUAAAGGAUGUGACUUGUCCUCUGCAACAUUUUUUAUCCCUUCAUCACUUACAAGGAUGCACAGUACAGUAUAUACAGAUGAUUAUGUUUAUCUGGCUGUGUCAAUACUAUUUUUAUAUUUUACUCCCAAGGCCCUAACAGUAUUGUAUUUCAAGUUGUAUUGACCCUUCUGUUUUCUGUAGUGAAGAAACAGUUCUUGACUUAAAGCCUUACACGUUUAUGUAAAGUUAACAUUGUUUAUGGCUUUUCCCUAUGCCUUGUGAGUUGGUAAACCCCAGCGAAGGAAGGGGAGUGGGUGGCUAACUUGAUGCACAUCUCAGUAAGUAAUGCUCUGCAAAUUUUCUCUCGUGAGUUUAAGAAUCAAAAGUGCUAUCGUGACUUCCCUAUAUAUUUAGGCUGCACAGUAUAUCGGAAUCCCUCGAAGAUCAGUGAUAAUUUCACUAAAUUUCUUGUUUGUUUCUAUUACUGUACUGAAAGAAGUUGGUGGAAGUUUUAUAUUCAUUUGAGUUAUAUUUUUGCACGUACGAGGGUAAGGGGUGGUGGGGAACCUUAGUCCCUAAUUAAUGGUUAAGAAGAAAUUCUUUUAUCUGUGUGGGAGGUCAGCUAUAAAGUAUAAUAAUAAUUGUUCAUCGACUGUGUCAGGCUGGAGUUGGUUUAUGUAGUUUCUUGCCUUUGUCUCCAAAAAACAAAUUAUAAGCCUGAAAAUGUAAAAAAUAUCACUGAAAAUUUUCUACUAGUUAAUGGAUAUAUUUGACUGCCUACAACAUAGCUCAAAUUCUAAUAAUAAUGUGAAUAAUAUAAAUGAACAUUACGUAAUUUAUUAUCGUUUAUGAUUAUUUGUGCACCAAAAAUUUUAUUGCUGACAGCAGUAGGGGAAAGUGUGUCCACAAGACAGUAUCGACUGUUGUUCAUAGUGCUGCUUCCAUAGUUAAAAAUGAACAGACACUUUGGAGUUGAAAUGUUUUAUAGGAUGUGAGAAACCUUGAUUGUUAAAGGAUAGUCUUAUAUUCUUAGACAAAAUACAUUGAAAUUUCAAUCAUCUUACGGAGACAAUAAUGUUCACAAUAAGUUGUUAAUGCGAUGUUUCAAAGACUUAUGAGUAUUUAUGACUGUGCUAGUGAAGUCUUUGUUGUAGCAGUAUUGAACAAAUGACUACUGUAUAGUACAGUAUAUGGAAUAUAUGGGUGAUAAAUUACUAAAAUGAUAAUCCUUUAAAAUGUUGAAAAUAUUUAAUCUUAUAUAUCUGGAGUCAACUUAUUUUAUAACAAGGUUCUCAACCAAGAUAAUGUAUUGAGAGAGAGAGAGAGUUUAUUAUUGCCUUCCUAUAUUGUAAAGUUCUCAGGCUCUCAAGAUAUAUAAUAAAUGUAUUGUGAGCUUAAUUGAUUGAUUGAUUGGUUGAUUAUUAUUUUUAAAUCUAAUAUUUUUUUUUUGGGUGGUACAAAUUUUCUCAGAUUGUAUUGUGUAUUAAGUACUGCUUUAUGGUAUUUUUAUCCUCUAUAAAUCUCUUCUUUUAUAUUGACCUUUAAUGCCUCUUGUUGCAUCAGGUAAAAUGCAUCCCAUUUUCUUGUGUGGUAGGUUAUAGUGUUUCGUGCGUACUUCCAUAAAUGAUUUGCCUUUUAAGUAAUACUGAAGGCUUCAUCUGCAGCAACAGGGAAGGAGCAAGACUUUUAUAUGUAUGUACAGUACUUUGAUACCCCCUCUGUAUAACUUUGUACAUAAUCAUCAGAGUUUUACUUGUAUAUAUAGUGUAAUGAUGCUGACCUAUGACAGUAUGAACAGCCUAUAUAAAAAUAUGCUUUUUUUACCAAAUAUUUCAGAUAUUUUUGUUGAUAAGUGUACAGUAAUUGGAAGGUGUCACUUUGACGCACUUGUACAUCACAAAUAUUUUCAGUGCAGCUGAAAUGAAUAUCUUAUGUAGAAAUUUGCAACUAAAGAACUACUUAGUAUGCCUUGUGAUUUAUGUAACCAGUUAUACAAAUGAAGAAGGACAUACAGCAACCAACUCUUAUCAUUGUGUCCCACAAGUGUCAUGGAGCUCUGUGGUAAUAUGCUUCAUGAUUACUUUAUUGUGGGAAGUGUUAUUAAUUACAGCAGUGUUAAUACAGUGUACUGUGUUCCCAAAACAGAGGUUUGUUUGUCUUUCAUUUCAUAUAUGUAUUAUUCACAGCUACAAGCUUAAUGUAACCAUAAGUGCCAUAAAUCUAUUAGAAUAGGCUAAGCUAAUAGUCACAUUUCAGUAGGCUACUCUCUUGACUGGUCAUUAUUAUCACUGAAAUAAUCAGGGAUUUAAGAAUAAAAUUUGUUCUCAUUAUGUAGGUCAGUGUGCCUCCCAAUCUUUUGUUGUGUGUGAACAUAUGUGUUGACUUCUGCAGUGCUUUUAUAUUUAUUUUUCGAUUCUCUAUCUUUUCCUUCAGAUAAGUACUAAUAUGGUGUUCUCCUUCUACACCAAAGCCCAAACACCUUCACACAAACCACCAUCAUCUAUCCAACCUCAAAAACUGCUUUUAAGUCAUAUUCUGUUAUUCUCACACUUAAAUACUUCCCAUGCAUCCUUCACCUCUCUGUUUCAUCUUCUUGGGGACCCCCUUUCACUUCUUUAACAGUCAUUCAUUUUCCUCUGUGUGUGUGUGUGUCACUAUUUCCUGGCACUCCAUUUUUUCCACAUCUCAUCAUUUUUGUAUUUUUAUUUCUCUUCAUCCUCUACACUCACAUAUACAGUACAUGGACAAUACUGUACUUAUAUAUUUCUUUAGUGUAGAUUGGCUUUAAACUACUUCUGUGCCAUCAACCAAAACUGGUAAAUAGUGAACACACCCAACUUUGUGUUAACAUCACACAUACCACACCCAAAAAUGUGUUAACACCACAGUCACAUGUCACACCCAACACUGUGUUGACACCACAGCCAUAUAUCACACCCAACAAUGCGUUAACACCACACAUAGUACACCCAACUAUGUGUUCACACCACAAUUUCAGUUUGCAGUAGAGAAAUGGUUCAGGAUUUUUCUCAGACCAAGAGACUACUGUACUGUAUAGGAAAAUUUUCCGAGAAAGAAAACAGUUGUAGACUAAACUAUUUUCCAUUAUUUAGUGCCUUGAUUUUUCCUUAUCGUCCAACUCUAAAGUGUUUGUUGUGUAGCACUGCAUUACCAAGCCUCUGGGUAAUCAUCCACAAUUACUUUUAAUGAAAUUCUUGUGUCCUUAAAUAAUUCAUAUCUUGGGUUGCUGUAAGUUCAUAAGAUACAAAAUAAUUCAUAUCUUGGGUUGCUGUAAGUUCAUAAGAUACAAAAUAAUUCAUAUCUUGGGUUGCUGUAAGUUCAUAAGAUACAAAAUAAUUCAUAUCUUGGGUUGCUGUAAGUUCAUAAGAUACAAAAUAAUUCAUAUCUUGGGUUGCUGUAAGUUUGAGAUAGUCAUAUGGUAGGCAUCUACUCAUAUUGUAUACUGGUAUUAUGAUUAAGUGUAAUGACUGAAUCAAAGUUUUGGGAAGACAUAGAAUAUUGUCCGUCUACGUUUGUUUUAACUGUUCUUCUUAACGUUGCACUGUGGAAUAUCGUACGGAAACGGUUAACAACGCUGUCGGCAAAUUAUCGACUGUCCGACCAUUUUCGUGACAGUGGGCAGCAAACAGUCGGCAGUUGUCAUAAUGAUGCUAUGUUCCCAUCAACAGUGCUUUUCAAUUCGCUUCACAUAUCAGUUUCAACAUCAAAGAUAUUUUUUUAAUUUUAUUAUCAAAUGCAUUUUGUAAGCUUCAAUUCAGUGUCAGUAGCGGAUCACAAAAUCAUAUGUUUAUAAGAGUUAUGAAGAUGUUAUACAUAUUUCAGAUCAUACUCAAUAUGGCUAUAAUUUUUAUAGUUACUAAUAAAACUUUCUGAACA